GAGCUCGAUGAGCUAGAAUGUUUUCAGAGCUCAGUAUUUUUGCACAAGCACUAAGAUCGCUCGGACAUCAGAGAAAUAUGACUGGAGAAACAGUAAUUUUGGCCUACUCCGGUGGCCUGGACACUAGUUGUAUUCUGAAGUGGCUACUGGACAAGCAGUAUGAGGUCAUAUGUGUCCUAGCGGACGUUGGCCAAAAGGAGAACUUCGCAGCCGCCGAGAAGAAGGCCCUUAGUAUUGGGGCUAAGAAGGUGAUCGUGGCCGAUGUGAAGCAGUCAUUCGUGGAGGACUACAUCUGGCCGGCCAUUCAGAUGGGCCUCGUCUACGAGGAGCGCUACUUGCUGGGCACCUCCUUGGCCCGGCCCUGCAUCAGUGUGGCUUUAAUAGAGGCGGCCCGCCAGCACGGGGCGAAGUACUUGGCCCACGGAGCCACCGGAAAGGGGAACGACCAGGUGCGCUUCGAGCUGUGCGCCUACGCCCUCAAACCGGAUCUUAAGAUCAUAGCGCCGUGGCGGGACGUGGAGUUCUGCCGCCAAUUUCAAGGCCGUCAGGAUCUCAUUGCCUACGCCCGGCAUCACGGAAUCGAGGUGAGUGCCAAGCCGGCCGCGCCCUGGAGCACCGAUGCUAACAUCCUGCACAUCAGCUACGAGUCCGGAAUCCUCGAGGAUCCCAACACGGUGGCUCCCGCCAAUCUUUACGAGAUGACCGUAGAUCCAUUGACCGAGGCGCCCAGGGAGCCUCUCCGGUUGGUCAUCGAGUUCGAUCGGGGACUGCCCACCAGUGUGGAGGAUUUGGCCAGCAGCCGUGUUUAUACCAAGCCCCUGGAGAUCCUGCGGUUCCUGAAUGAGCUGGGCGGACUUUACGGCAUUGGCCGGAUCGACAUCGUUGAAAAUCGGUACGUGGGUCUGAAAUCGCGCGGGGUGUACGAGACGCCCGGAGGCACCAUCCUGUUCGCUGCCCACCAGGACCUUGAGGUGUUCUCCUUGGACCGCGAGGUGCUCCGCACCAAGCAGGUCCUGCGAGAUCGGAUGGCCGACUACGUGUACAACGGGUUCUGGUUCAGUCCGGAGGCGACCUACAGCCGGCGAUGCAUCGAGCUGGCCGAGCAGCGGGUCUCCGGGAAGGUGACCGUGGAACUGGCGCCCGGAUAUUGCCGCCCCGUGGCCCGGAAGGCAGCGGAGAGCGUCGGAGCUCUCUACAACGAGCAGCUCGUUUCCAUGGACGUGCAUGGUGGCUAUGUGCCCCAGGAUGCGGGUGGGUUUAUCGCCAUCAACGCUGUCCGGAUAAGAGAACAUGUCCGGGCAUUCGGCCCCUACGAAGUGCCAAAGCAGGACAAGUAAACUGGAAGUGUUUUUGGCUGUACUUUCCAAAGAAAAGUCCGGUCGGUCUUCAUUAUUAAAAUUAUAAUAUUACUUAAUAAAACAAAUAAAUUUUGGUUCCUUAA